UUGUAAUGCACAACUGAACGUCAUUUAUCCAGAAAAAAAGAAAAUAAAUAAAUAAAUAAAUAAACUAACACGGUAUAAAACCGCAGGAGUAGGAAACAGCCAGUGGGAUGCCAUAAGGAGCACUGGCUGACACGAAUCGUGUGUUGUGUGAUGCUCUGGACGCAGUGAAACCGGUCUUUAGAGGGUUAAAUUUCACUUUGAGGGGGAGUUACCGAAUCUGCAGUAACAUCGGAGCGCAUUCCAGAGAGCUGCCAACAUCCCGGGAAUAAGACCUUCAGCGUCAACAUCUCACAGCCACAUCACGGGAAUAUACCGCACUACCGGCCACGCGUCGACUGUCUCGUCAAGCCGCGUUUUCUCCGCCGGUUCGGAGUAUGCGAGCUCCGCUUACUGUCUCCACGUAGCGCAGGCACAGCUGAUGAUGGUUCACUGCUGAGUCCAGCUGCACAGAGGAGAGAGUGAGAGAGUGCUGAUCCUGAACUGAUUCCGUCUUCACACCCGCUGCAUGCGCACAAGGCUGGCCUCCAAACAUGUCUGCAGAAGUGGAAACCAGCACACCUCCGGUCGAGCAGCCACCUUUUAAGACGCCCUCCAAAAAAGAAAAGAAGAAGGCUGCAGCGAGUCCAGAGAAAACAGAUGAGUUUCUCCUAGCCAGGUUCAAAGGUAAUGGAGUUCGCUACAAAGCCAAGCUGAUCGGUGUAGAUGAUGUGCCUGAAGCAAGAGGAGACAAAAUGAGCCAAGACUCUAUGAUGAAACUGAAGGGCAAGGCGGUGGCAGCUCGCUCUCAGGGCAAGCACAAGCAGAGAGUCUGGGUGAACAUCUCUCUUUCGGGAAUCACUGUCACUGAUGAGAAAACUGGGGCAGCAAUACUGGAGCAUGCAGUAAAUAAGAUCUCCUUCAUAGCCCGGGAUGUCACUGACAGCAGAGCUUUCGGCUACGUGUGUGGCGCGGAGGGCCAGCACCAGUUCUUCGCUAUUAAAACAGCACAGCAGGCGGAGCCUCUUGUCAUUGACCUGAAGGAUCUUUUCCAGUUAAUCUUCAAUAUGAAGAAAAAAGAAGUCGAGGGGUCGAAGAAGGAUGAAAAUAAUAAAGUGGUGGAGAACGGCAGCGAAGGCUCGCACAAUGACAGAAAAGGCGUUGAACAGCUGGACUUGUUUGGAGACAUGUCGACCCCACCAGACUUAAACUCUCCCUCGUCAGAGGACAUCCUACUGAUGGAUCUGUCCACCGAGAUAGACAGCAAUCAGAACUGCGUUAAAGGAAACCCGUUCACCUCGUCUUGUGUCUCCAGAGCCCAGUCCAGCCUCACGCCUGAGAACCCCUUCACCUCUCAGCUCAGCUUCUUCCCCACCCCGAUCCAUGACCCGUUCAGCGACGACCCAUUUUACAAAAAAAGCGACGACCAAUCGAUCCGGGAUGACCCCGCCAACCACAGCCCUAAUAGCUUGUUCAAUGGUGGCCCUAAAAAUGGUGACUCGGACUAUUUGGGCCAGCAGUUUGACCAGCUCUCCAACAGAACGGUCAUUCAGGCCCUCAGUAAUGGCCAGUGGCCGGUAGACGGCAGAGCUGGAGAAACCACUAACUGGACUCAAAACACCGUCCCGGUUCAAGAGCAGAAUGGACAUGGGAACGGGAUGCCAAAUCCGUUUGUGGAGAAGAUGCAGAAUGGAGUGAAGCAUGAGAACGGAGGGACUGAAGAGUCGCAUGUCCAUCAGGCCAAGGAUUCUGUCAUUAUUUGCCCUCCACCACUCAAUAUGAAGGCUGGAAGAGGCAGGAGGAGUGUAAAGUCUCCUUCAAAUGAAAACCUUGGAAUGGCUUCAUUUGUUUCAGCAGAGCAGUCUGAAUCUCCACCUCCUCCACCUGAGAGCUGCUCCGUCAGCAGUCUGUUCAGCAGGAGCCCUUCCUCCACAGACACACUCACAGAUCUGGAAGGCUUGUCUCUUCAAGCUCCAUCAGGAUCUUCUCUGUGGAAUCAGCCGCUCGCUUCUAUCUUCAGCGUCUCCCAGCCCUUCACUCAGGCUCCAGUCUUCUCCUCUUCUCCUGGCUCUGUCUGGGCAAAUGCUCCUGCAGGUUUUGGAUCCUCCACCGUUUCCCAACAGCUUCCAUCAUGGAGUGCCGCCCCAGUUUCCAAUGGAUCCAAUGGUUCUUGGAGCCCUCAUCCAACUCUGGGAAACCCAUUCCAAAGCAGCGUAUUUCCAGAUGGACAGCAGAGCUCCAGUCCUCCUCCACUGGUUCCCCCGCGGCCAGUGGCCACCAAAGAAGCUCCAAAGGUGGACAGUAACGCUUUUGUUGACUUGGAUCCUCUAGGAGAAAAGGAGAAGAGAGAUAUCAAGGACAUGUUUAAGGAUUUCCAGAUGGCCAAGCCACCAAAUGUGCCAGCAAGGAAAGAGCCAUUGAAAAUUGGAGGUCAGAACCCAUUCGACAACUCCUAUGGAAAAGAUCCGUUUGGCACAUCUGUACCUGCAACUAGCGCUCCUCCCAUAAAAGCAGUGGGCUUAGAUUCUUUCAGAGACCCAUUUGGAAACCCAUUUGCAUGAUAGCCGUUCACCCUGAUGACUCCAUAGGGUCCAAACUAAAAGAAUCAUUGAACAAGAAAUUAUGCAAAAGCAAUUCCAUCCCAGAUGUUUCUUACAGCUUUAUAAUGUUUUGGAUACAGCAGCACCGGUUUUAUGUAGCUUUUCCACUAAAGUGCAUCCCGUUGAAGAGCAGGUCUCUUAGCUCUGAUGUCACAGCCAAAUCAAGCGUCUGCAAACCUCCAGCUUUUAUAAACCAGCAUCACAUCUGUAUGUUGGUUGAGGACAGGCUGAAAAGAAACCAUCAUCCAGUUAUGGUUUCCUGCUAAAACACGGAUUUCACUGCAGUUUGCCUGUGAAUGACAACAUGGUCAUUCAUGGAGUGGUUUUGUUUUCUGCACUAAAAGCACUCAGAAACAAUUUAGUCACGUCUCCUUUGAGGACUUUUUCUAUAUUGCAGUAUUAUAUAUUGACUUUGUGUUUACUCUUCCACAUUUAUCGAAAGCUUUAGGGCAUGCGAUUGGUCACUACUUUUGACAGAUGAACAAAUUCCAUGUUUUUGUUUGUUUGUUUAAAUCCAGUUUAAAGGGUUAGUUCACUCAAACAUUUAAAACGUGCUAUUAAUUAUUUAAACUCAAGUCGUUCCAAACUCUUGAGACAUUUAUUCAUCUUCAGAACACAAAUUUAAGAUAUUUUAAAUGAAAUCAAAGAGCUCCAGGCCUGUCACAAUAAGGAAUUUUUGUUGUGCAAUAUAUUGUAAUAGAAAUUGCUGCAAUAAGCAAUAUUAUUGUCAUUUUGAGAUGGAUUUAUGCCACUGACUAUCUAAUGAUAUAAUUAUAUUAUAUCAUUAUUAUUAUAUAUAAAUUUAUAUUACAGCAUAAUAAUGCAUAUAGCCAUAAAUGCUUUAAAAUGCUUAACAUUUUUUUAAAUUAUUUAGAUUAUAUAAUUUGAUGUUAAAAAGGUAAAUGUCCUAUUGUAUAUACACUAUUAAAUGUCCUGUUAGGUAAAUGUCCAAAUAUAAAGUUUGACACUGGGUAGGUGGAAUGUAAAUGUCAGUGUAAAAUUGCUUUAACAUUAUUUGUGAAUUUGUAAAUACAUAUUGCAAGGGUAAAAGUAAUUGAGGUCAUCUCCAAGUAUUGCAUGAUAAAUCAAAACAUUGAUUAUUGUGACAGGCCUAGAGAGCUCCCUCAUCCUCCAUAGACAGCAAUGGUUCCAAGAAAUUCAACGUAGUGAAAAAGAAAUACUGUCAAAACAUCGAUUUCAGUGGUUCAAAAAUAAUCAUAUGAAGCUCCAAGAAUGCUUUUUUGUUCAAAGUUUUUGUUUUUUCUGUUAUACAGAGCAAACAAAAAUGAAGUACCCCUUUCCCAGAACACCAGAUCUAGGAACAAUAUGUAAUCAAACGUUCAGUUCUACCAGAAAGACUUUAGGAGGCAGAUAAACGUUUAAACAUUUAUUGUGAAUUGUUUGCAUAAAUGUCAGUUUGUUACGGUCCUUUCAUAAAGUCCUUUGGCGUAAGCCCCGUCUAUAGUGCAGAACUCUGGAUGAGCUGGCAGAUCCUACCUGAAGAUGAAUGCAGGGCGAAGCCAUCCCCCUGAGUGGAGACGAGGCCGACCUGGUGGUGGUGGUGAUGGAGAGGAUAGAGGGAAACUUCCGCAACGUCACCUGAGUACAGCGAUUGUUUAGAUGGGCUUGCAUAUAGCUUGCUUGGUUGUUAUAGGCGGACGAGAUAAUUAAUAUGAAUGACGUGACAUCUCAAUCUUCCUGUCAGAACUCUCGCUAAAGCUUUUAUAGAAAAUAAACGAUGAAAACAUGA